AUGGCACGACCUCUCAUUAUUUUUGCAGAGCAUGUUGGAUGUGCCACUUGGGUGAAUGAGGCUCAAGCUGGGAACUGGGCUCAGAGUGGCUUGUAUCUGCAGAGAGCUGCGAGCCUCUGGUGGACUUAUAGUGGCGCGCCUGAGCCCCGACUCCGAGGUCUUCUGCUACUCGGAGCAUGCAUACUUCCAGAGGCAUUUAGCACGCCGGGUCCGCGGCGCUGCAACAUGGCCCAGCCAAGAAAGGCAUCACCCUCCGAGCCUGCGGCAAGGACCGGAGACAGCUCUGGGUUCGCUACUCCCAUCUCGGCGGGUGCGGUGGCUUGCUUGUUGCUGCUGGCAUCCGCCCUCCCCAAUGCCGCAGUGGCGCAAGACUUCUUCGGGGGUGGUGGACCUGACGACGGAGUGGACCGUCGCUCCCUGAUUGAGAGGAGUCCACCGCAGCCACCGCCGGCAGACGAUAAGGCGCCGGACAUCGCCCCGGAGGAGCGCCAGCGGAGAAGGACGACACCAUCCAAGGAGGUUGCUGAGGAGGAGUGGUAUAAGUACGGCAAGGAGGUCUUUGUUGCCAAAUGUGCCGGGUGCCACCCUGGCGGCAUGAAUCAGAUCCGCAUUUCAAGGGGUUUGAACGUGGAAGAUUUGGAACGAUGGGGGCUCUUGCAGGAGCCUCAGAAGAUUACAGAGAUCAUUCGCUAUGGGCAAGGCACCAUGCCAGGCUUUGCUGCAGACUGUCCGGAGAAGAGCGGCGUCGAGCGAUGUGGCGUCGUCGUUCCGCUCGAUGAGGCCACGCUCAUUGAUGUGGAGGAUUUCAUGAUGAACCGUGCGAAUUCGGGCUGGAGGGGGCGCGGUUGA